CUGAGAGAGAAGCAUAAAAACUCGUCAGUAUAACAGAUAUUGUAUUUCCUGCAAAUGUUUCGAAAUUGUCUGAAUGAUAUGUUUUGAAAGUUCACAAAUAAACUUGAAAUGAAACUGUCAGAAAUACGUUCCAAUUUCUGACGCGAUCGAGACACCCUUUUAAAGCGAGUCUCUUUAAAGUACAAUAUAUUGAAUAUAUACGCAUUUUCGUCAGGAUCGCAUGGAAUUAUCGGUCGGUAACAGGGUCGUUCCGACGCGCAAAUAAUAUUUACAUUUUCCAGCUCGUGUAAUUUCGCUUUAUCGUUUAUAAUUAUACAAAUUCGCCCGCAGGAUCGCACGAGUAUAUUUAUGUACUCGCGAAGAACGUUGAACGAUCCUCACUGUGUCAGAGAGCGGUGGGCGGGCGCCGCGAGGCGAGGGAGAGAAUCCACGGUCACGCCACAAUUGUGUACAGUCGACAUACAGCGGGGUGGUGGUGGUGAGAUUCGUCUCGAUGCCGCACACGCCAGAUCGCCGAGCUGAGAUAAGUGCGCAACAAAUUAAGUUAUCGCCGCGGUUUACUCUUCCCCUCGUCAAGCUCCUUCGUUUUCGCCGCCGUCGACUCAGGUACGUGGACGAGUCGCCGCGAUCUUCCACAGCUACGUCGCGACCGCUUCUUAACCUAUAACACAAGCAGCGACUUAGGAAGCGCAGUGUUUUUUUCCAACGACGUCAGGAACUUGUUUCAGGCAAGAUGUCUGAACAGUUUCUCGGUUGUACAGUUUCGGUGAAGUGUAUCGAUGAUGUUGCUUACCAGGGUAAAAUUAUCGAUCUAAACAAGAACAGUCUGACUCUGGCUAAAGCAUUUUGCAAUGGCAUGCCUCAUACUUCUUCCGUUGUUAACUUGAGUGUAAAGGACAUACAGAAUCUUGAGAUUAUAUCAACCGAGGAAGCGGGAAAUGUGAACGAUACGCACAGCAAGGUAAUCGUGAAGAGACCGAUUGCGAAGAGGGUCGGACGAUCUAUCUCGGAAUGCGUUCCAAAUGCGACGGUGCAAGCGGGAAGUUCUCAAACGCCGCAGACAAAUUUCAAGAAACCGGCGGAACCGUAUCAGCAGCAAGUAGAGCAGACUCCUAACGGAAAAAUUCCUCCAACCGAAAAUAAUGCGUCUAACAACAAAUCAGUCUCAAAAAGAUUGACUCACAGGCAAAGGGCACUGGAGAGGGACGAGCAUACCUUUGGUACCCCGAUUGACCAAUCCUUGCAGCAAGACUUCGAUUUUGAGAAAAACUUAGCGUUGUUCAAUAAAGAGGCUGUGUGGCAAGAGAUAAACUCUUUGAAGCCGGACAUCGUCAGGCAGUCGGAGAGCAAUCGGGGGACUACGGCUAUCUAUCGGCCCGACGAGAAUAUUCUUGUAUCCGAGCCUACGGUGCUCAGACAGAUCGAGGUGCCUUGCCGUGGUGAAAAGGAAUACGUUACGGAUAACGGUCUAGUAAUUCCCAGCAUCACUCUCAGUCUACAUCGGCAGUUAAUAGGUGCGGCAGAUAGAUUGGGAAUAAGUUGGGAACGCAGGCUGGAGCUGCUCGGCCGUGCCGGUGCUGAACUUACCCUACAGCUAUUGGGUGGAAGUCAUCGGUUGAAUCCGAAUAACGCGCAUCAGUGGCCCACCGUGGUCGCGCUGUGCGGACCGCAUCGUUCCGGCGCCGCGGGGAUCAACUGCGCACGGCAGUUGUCCAGUCACGGCGUCAAGACAAUCGUCUUCGUGGAGAACACGGAGGACGUGUUUCUCCUGCAGGAGCUGUCGCUGUACAGGCUGACGGAGAACAAGGUGGAGACCAAGGUGAAGAAUCUGCCGUCGGUCGUGGACCUGAUACUCGUGGCGCUCUGCGACGAGGAUUCGCCGCGAAUGAUCACGCCGAUAGCGAGGUGGGCGAACAGCAAUCGGGCGCCCGCGCUAGCCAUCGAACCGCCGGCGACGGGUACACCUGGCAUACUCUGUAAAUUCAGCCUGCUGGGCGCCCUACCGCUGUCGCACAGCGUCGACAACGGCAGAUUGUACCUGUGCAAUCUCGCGUUGCCGCACAAGGUGUACCUCGACGUCGGCGUCAAGUAUAAAUCGCCGUUCGGACCUAAAUUCGUAAUUCCUCUGCAUUCCAAUAACUCUUAGCAAAUUUUUAAGGAUCACGUCGGGUCCUUUUGAACAAGACACCCUCGUUUUAUCCACGCGCGAUGAUUUGUAAAUCUCGUAUAUACAGGGAGAUAUAUUUUACUUCCGGGGCCCACUGAGCAACAAAGAGUUUCAUGUAUAGUUUGGCGUUUGAUAUAAACUUUUAGAUGAACUUUUAGAGAGAGAGAGAGAGAGAGAGAGAGAGAGAGAAAGAAAGAACGCAUGAUGAUACUUUUCAUUAUUAAUUGCAUGGUAUCCGCAGAUGAAUGAAACAAUACAUACUAUUUCCGAUAUUGUAACUUUCAAAGCUGUGUAUUUUAAAAUCCUUGAUUAUGCACUAUAUAUAGAUAAGAGGGAAAAAAAUAGAUAUUUUGUCUGUGAAAACACGCCGUUUUAAGUAAUAUCAAACGUAUAAGAUAGAAUCUCCAGUGCUCCCGCGAAAUAUAAAUGACAUACCCCUCUCCUAAGUAAAAGGGUACAAUAGACUCCUUCUUUUACGGACUUAACUCCAUGUGUCGCGAUUUUUCAUUGAAGCACAUGAAUAUAUCAAAUAUGUACUUGAUACGAUUGAAUAAAUGCUAACUGCUUCGCGCGCGUGUCACUACACUACACAUGUAUGACGUAUCUAUAGUUUGUAUCAACAAAAUUUAUAUUAACGAGUAAGAAAAAGUACGCAAAAAAGCUACACCGCGAUAAAUCUUUGUAAUUAGAAUUGUCCUCGUGAGUCGUGAUUUUCCGAUUGAUAAAGUUGAGUGAUGAGAAUCUUGUAGGAAUAUUAGAGCCACCGUAAGGAAACACUUACUUGUUUGGCAUUGAAAAGUUUACAACUGAAAAACUGACAGAAAAUAUAUUAACAUGGGUGGCUUGCACACGUGAGAGAGAGAGAGAGAGAGAGAGAAAGUGUUUGUAUAUUUUUAAUAAUUUGUAACGUACUAUUUAUGUGAACAUAAAAAAAAAUCUGCGCGAGGCGCGCAGUUACUUAGCAUUUCAUAUUCGAUCGAUUUAGUUGAUUGACAACAAUUUUAUACUUGUGCACAUCUACAUUUAUUACUUCUCGUUCUUCGGUAAGCUGUGUAGUUGCUCAUAUACGUAUACAUAUAUAUACCGAAUAUGUUAUAUUUCACUUUAUGUUCAUCCACUUAUUCCGAGACAGCGAUUAUAAUGAGCGAGAUAUAGGUGUAUUGAAAUUAUUGUGAAACGCACAUGCAAGAUGUGUCUCCGGCAUUGUAUAAAGUAUAACUAAAACUU